GGAUAAUAUUUUGUAUCGUUAUCGGUUCCGUCACACUUGUAUACAAGCUGUUUUAUGUCUCUGGAGGAUUUAUUUUCUAAAUUGAUAUAAAUGGAUCUGUAUGACGAUAUAGACACCAAGCCCCGAGCUAGCCAAAUUGAUGGCUGGUCCUCUGGCAUUAAAAUGUUGCAGACCCAGCUGGCAGUAAAGAAAGCCGUCAAAAAACCCUUAAUGACGCCGGUGGUCAAUUUAAGAGCCAAACGCCUUGCCGAGCCAGAAGCCAGAUAUUUUGAUUCAGUGGCGGUCGUGCUUGCCAAGCCCAUAAUCACUGGCAAAGCCCUACUUCCCGUGCUGGAAUGUGCCAGCAAGGACGACUGGGACUUCUCGGACGAGUACGAUCCGCAGUGGCCAAAUGAAUACGAAAAAUUAAAGGAGAGCACUAAACCCAGCGAGAAGUCCCGAGCUAGCUCCAGCGGAGGGGGGACCAAUAGGGAAGAACGUGAUAAGGACAGGGAUCGGGAGCGGAAACGCGGUCGGAUCGGACGUCGAGAAGGUCACAAAGACGAUGUCUCACCGCCAAAUAUAAAUUUUAGCGGGUUUGGCCAGCUACAAAGCGCUGAUGACUUGUACAGUCCGCCCGCUGCGGGCUCUGUAGCUAAGCUGGGAGGGGGUGCCGCCAUUGCUCCUCCUCCUUCACUUCAAGAGAUAUCAAUAGAGAGUGGAGAUGGAUUCUCUAACGUUACCAUACCGUAUUCGGCAAGCUCAGUAGCGGCCAAAAUAAUGGCUAAAUACGGCUUCAAGGAUGGCCAAGGCCUCGGAAAGUCUGAGCAGGGUAUGUCAAUAGCCCUGCAAGUGGAAAAGACUUCCAAACGGGGUGGUCGCAUCAUUCACGAGAAAGACGUAUUUCUGCCUCCCCUGUCCCUGUCCCCACCUGCGAUUGGCUCCCCAACUGGAUUAAGUCCCGGUCAUCACGGGAUGCCACCUCCUUACAUACCAGGCCCAGCGGCUACCAGCGGUGAUACCGAGCCCAGCAUCACAGAAAUCAUGAAAUCCCCAAGCAAGGUUGUUCUUCUUCGCAACAUGGUCGGGCCCGGAGACGUUGAUGAAGACUUGGAGCCGGAGGUGAAGGACGAGUGCAACACUAAAUACGGGGAAGUUAACAGCGUCAUUAUUCACGAAGCGUUCGGAACAGUGCCAGAAGAUGCCGUUAAGAUAUUUGUGGAGUUUAAACGCAUUGAAAGCGCUAUAAAAGCUGUGGUGGACCUAAAUGGGCGCUUUUUUGGAGGCCGUCAAGUACGAGCGGUUUUUUAUAACUAUGAUAAGUUCAAAUGUUAUCAAUUAAAUUAGCAUAAGCAUAACGAAUAAGGAGUGUUAUCUCAGUAUAGAAAAGGUCUCAAAACUUCGAUUUAUUUAAUUUAAAUCGUUUUUAGUAAUUGUUAAAUUUAAAAAUUUGAAAAUGUGUAUGUGGUUUCCAUUUGCCAUUGCAGUAAAAUAAAUUUGGUUACUGCACUUAAAAUUAUUCAAAAUAA